AUGCUCAUUGAUGGUGAGAAGUGGGCGUGUGAAGCUUGCGUCCGGGGUCACCGUGUUAGCAGCUGUCACCACAGUGACCGCCCUUUGACCCAUAUCAACAAAAAAGGCCGCCCAGUCUCUCAAUGUACUCACUGCCGCGGCCUACGCAAGUCUCGAACAACCCACGUCAGGUGCGAGUGUGGCGACAAGAAAAAGAAAACCGAAUCGGAAUGCCAUGGUGACAAGCGAGAUCUGAAGGACUCCCUUCAUCGCUGUGGCUGUAGCCAUGGCCAGCGCUGUACUUGCGCGCUGAAAAAGGAAUCUCACCUUGAUACUGUACCUGAGACAGGUUUGCCUGUGCCUCAGCCGUCGGUUGCUACUGAACAUCCACGAAAGCCAUUGCUUACGUCGACAAAAUCAGAGUCGACGUUGACAAUAUUUCGUGAUGGUCACCACAAACCCGCCCACAAGCAUAAUGACAUGGCCCACAAGUGUGGAUUGCCGUACACAAUCCCACGAUCACAUACCAUCCACCAUCCGUCCGACAUGCCUCGUCGUUCGGUGGACCACCUCCCUUUGACACAAUCCGCCUUUGUCCAGGAACCUGUCUCUCUUUCGAUGGAGCCAAUCUCCCAAUCUCAGCAAACCUCCCAGAAUGGCUCCCCUCAUAGUGCUCCCGCAACCGGCUCUGACGAUGUUGCCACCACAUUAUCUCUCGAACAGUCGUUCCUGGACAAAUUCGCUCCUCCCCCUCUUCCUGCUGCAAUGGAGAAUCCGACAGAUGUCUCGUCCAAUCUCACAUCUGCGCCGCCUACCAUGGACAAGUUUCCCUUGGAGCAAAUCAUCACCAGCGUUCCCCCGUCUCUCGACUUCGCCUCUUUCCCGAAUACCUCGUCUAAUUCUCCGAUCACCUGCAUGGCAUUCCAAGAUCCUUACCAGGACCAAUACUUCACUUCCCCGGAUUCCGAAUUUCCCUUAGGAUCCGCAGGCAUGGGGGCGCCAUCAGUCGACUGGUCGAGCUUCCCGUUAUAUUCCGAUGCCCCUGCUACCACUAGUACCCAAACCCCAUCAUACGCCAGUUUCGAUUACAAUAAUUACCCCUCGGGCCUCCCACCUCCUUCUUCCUCCGGCGAUAUCUCCGAAGUGGAUGAGUUUGGACCGCUUCCUGGUUUGGGACAUACUGGUGACAUGCAUGACCUCCACAGUGUGAGCGAAGCAUCGGAUAUGGAUCAACUCCGUAUAAGUUCUGCGUCCUCAUUGGUGGGACUGCCACAGGCUCAGCUCUUGUCGUCCAAUGAUCUUGAGUCGAUCAACAUCGAUGAUUUCCUCAAGUCUGCCAAUGAAUCGACUGCCGCGCUCGAGCAUCAACUCCAGGCUAGUAUGGGACUUGAGCCAAAGCCCAUCCCUGCCCAGGACGUAUACACCAUGCCUUCGGCCCAGGAUACUGUCCCCAUUUGGCCGAGCAAUCUCUUCGAUGCUGAUUCCACGCCACCGAUGGACAACAGUUACUUCCGACCGUCCUGGUCGCAAUAG